GCCUCCAGGCCAGGCCUUGUGCAGCCCCCUGCGGCCUCGCAGCCCCGGGGCGGGCGGCAGCCCACGGUGCGGCCCCCCAGGCCUGCGUGGAGGAGGCUGCGCCCGAACCCACGGAGCGCCGGAGGAUGAACACCCCAAGAGAGAGCUUUAUCAAUGCAAGCUUGAAUUUCACUCUAGAGGCCCUGAGCUCAAUGGAAAAGAAGGAAGGAAGAUCCCAGCCAUCUCAACUCUCAAUCCAACAAGAGACUGGCUCCAAAAAGGAUGAGAUCCCACCAGGAAGUGUAAAAGUCAGACUUCAAUAAUUGUUCAUCAGCUCCUGUGCAUUGAGCAUCUACACAUGCCAGGCAUCCCAGGAGAAGGCCUGGAGAUGGAGGACUACAUGGAGACUCUGAAGGACGAGGAGGACGCCCUGUGGGAGAACGUGGAAUGCAAUCGGCACAUGCUCAGCCGCUACAUCAACCCCGCAAAGCUCACGCCCUACCUGCGGCAGUGCAAGGUCAUUGAUGAGCAGGAUGAGGAUGAAGUGCUGAGCGCUCCCACCCUGCCCUCCAAAAUCAACCGUGCAGGUCGAUUGUUGGACAUUCUGCAUACCAAAGGGCAAAGGGGUUAUGUGGUUUUCUUGGAGAGCCUAGAAUUUUACUACCCAGAACUGUACAAACUAGUGACGGGGAAGGAACCCACUCGAAGAUUCUCCACCAUCGUGGUGGAGGAGGGCCACGAGGGCCUCACGCACUUCCUGAUGAACGAGGUCAUCAAGCUGCAGCAGCAGAUGAAGGCCAAGGACCUGCAGCGCUGCGAGCUGCUGGCCAAGGCGCGGCAGCUGGAGGACGAGAAGAAGCAGCUGCUGCUGACGCGGGUGGAGCUGCAGACCUUCCAGGACCGCUACCACAAGAUGAAGGAGGAGCGCGACGGCUACAACGACGAGCUGGCCAAGGUCAAGGACGACAACUACAACCUGGCCAUGCGCUACGCCCAGCUCAGCGAGGAGAAGAACAUGGCCGUGAUGAGGAGCCGGGACCUCCAGCUCGAGAUUGACCAGCUGAAGCACCGACUGAACAAGAUGGAGGAGGAAUGUAAGCUGGAAAGAAACCAGUCGCUGAAACUGAAGAAUGACAUUGAGAGCCGGCCGAAGAAGGAGCAGGUCCUGGAGCUGGAGCGAGAGAACGAGAUGUUGAAGACCAAGAUCCAGGAGCUACAGUCGGUCAUCCAGGCCGGCAAGCGCAGCCUGCCAGACUCAGACAAAGCCAUCCUGGACAUCUUGGAACAUGACCGGAAGGAGGCACUGGAGGACCGGCAGGAGCUUGUCAAUAAGAUCUACAACCUUCAGGAGGAGGUGCGCCAGGCUGAGGAGCUGCGAGACAAGUAUCUGGAGGAGAAGGAGGACCUGGAGCUGAAAUGUUCCACGCUGGGCAAGGAUUGCGAGAUGUAUAAGCACCGCAUGAACACCGUCAUGCUACAGCUGGAGGAGGUGGAGCGGGAGCGGGACCAGGCUUUCCACUCCCGAGACGAAGCCCAGACGCAGUACUCGCAGUGUCUGCUGGAGAAGGACAAGUACCGGAAGCAGAUCCGGGAGCUGGAGGAGAGGAACGACGAGAUGCGCAUUGAGAUGGUGCGGCGAGAGGCCUGCAUUGUCAACCUGGAAAGCAAGCUCCGCCGCCUGUCCAGAGAGAACAACAGCCUGGACCAGAGUCUACCCCGGAACCUGCCAGCUGCCAUCAUCAAUCAGAACUUUGGGGACACCAGCCCCAGGACCAACGGGCAGGAAGCGGACGACUCCUCCACCUCUGAGGACUCUCCAGAGGACAGCAAGUACUUCCUGCCCUACCACCCUCCCCGGCGCAGGAUGAACUUGAAGGGCAUCCAGCUGCAGAGAACCAAAUCCCCCAUCAGCCUGAAGCAGGUGUCGGACGUUCAAGGGAAGGGGUCGGAAGAUGACUGCACAGGCUGCAGCCCUGGCUCCUCCCGCUCACUCCCAGCUACCAGCUCCUUCUGCGAUAUGCAGCCCCACCGUAGCCGAAGCAGCCUCAUGUCCACCACGGCUGAGCCCCCGGGAACUGACUCCAUUGUCAGGCGCUGCAAGGAGGACAUGCCUCACCGCAGCAUCGUGGAAGAGGAUAAUGAUAGCGGUGGCUUUGACGCCUUGGACCUGGAGGAUGACAGUCAUGAGCGCUGCUCCUUUGGGCCUCCCUCCAUCCACUCCUCCUCCUCCUCCCACCAGUCUGAGGGCCUGGAUGCCUACGAUCUGGAGCAAGUCAACCUCAUGUUUCGGAAGUUCUCUCUAGAAAGACCCUUCCGGCCCUCGGUGACCUCUGGGGGCCACGUGCGGGGUCCUGGGGCCUCAGUGCAGCACACGACGCUCAGCGGCGACGGCCUGGUCGGCCAGCUCACCCUUCUGGGGGGCAACGCACGGGGCAGCUUCAUCCACACAGUCAAGCCGGGCUCCAUGGCGGAGAAGGCAGGGCUGCACGAGGGCCACCAACUGCUGCUGCUGGAAGGAUGCAUCCGAGGGGAGAAGCAGAGUGUCCCCCUGGACGCGUGCACGAAGGAGGAGGCCCGCUGGACCAUCCAGAGAUGCAGCGGACCUGUCACCCUGCACUACAAGGUCAACCAUGAAGGGUACCGGAAGCUUCUGAAGGACAUGGAGGACGGCGUGAUCACAUCGGGAGACUCGUUCUAUAUCCGGCUCAAUCUGAACAUCUCCAGCCAGCUGGAUGCCUGUUCCCUGUCCCUCCGGUGCGAUGACGUGGUGCACGUCCACGACACCAUGUACCAGGACAGACACGAGUGGCUGUGUUCCCGCGUUGACCCCUUCACAGACCAGGACCUGGACAUGGGAACCAUCCCCAGCUACAGCCGGAGGCGCUGGCCAUUCCUACUGCUCCAGCCCCUAAGGGUCAUCCUGUCUCACCUCCCCAGGGCCCAGCAGCUCCUCCUGGUCAAGCUGCAGCGUCUGGUCCACCGGGGAAUCCGGGAGGAGACAGAUGGCACCCACCACACACUGCGAACCCUCCGGAAUACGCUGCAGCCUGAAGAGUCACCUUCCACCAGUGACCCCCGGGUUAGCCCCCGACUCUCCAGAGCCAGUUUCUUCUUUGGCCAACUCCUCCAGUUUGUCAGCAGAUCCGAAAAUAAGUACAAGCGGAUGAACAGCAAUGAGCGAGUCCGGAUCAUCUCUGGGGGUCCCCUGGGUGGCCUGGCCCGGUCCUCACUGGAUGCCACCAAACUCUUGGCAGAGAAGCAUGAAGAGCUGGACCCUGAGAAUGAACUCAGCAAGAACCUCAGCCUCACGCCCUACAGCCUGGUGCGGGCCUUCCACUGCGAGCGCCGGCGGCCUGUGCUCUUCACACCCACCGUGCUGGCCAAGACGCUGGUUCAGAAGCUGCUCAACUCGGGAGGUGCCAUGGAGUUCACCAUCUGCAAGUCAGAUAUCAUUACGAGAGAUGAGUUCCUCAGAAAGCAGAAGACAGAGCCCAUCAUCUACUCCCGGGAAAAGAAUGCCAACACUUUCGAAUGCAUUGUCCCAGCCAACAUCCAAGCAGUGGCAGCCAAGAACAAGCAUUGCCUGCUGGAAGUGGGGAUCGGCUGUGUGCGAGACCUGAUCAGGUGCAGGAUCUACCCCAUCGUGCUGCUCAUCCGCGUGUCCGAGAGGAACAUCAAGAGAUUCAGGAAGCUGCUACCCCGGCCGGAGACGGAAGAGGAGUUCCUGCGCGUGUGCCGGCUGAAGGAGAAGGAGCUGGAGGCCCUGCCCUGCCUGUACGCCACAGUGGAGGCCGACGCGUGGAGCAGCGUGGAGGAGCUGCUGCGCGUCCUCAAGGACAAGAUCGCUGAGGAACAGCGCAAGACCAUCUGGGUGGACGAGGACCAGCUGUGAGCCAGGGGUCCGCACACACUGACGCCAUGAUGCUCCGAAGCCAGCCUGGCUGGGCCCUGCGCACCCAUCAUGGAGUCUCAGGAGACACACAUCUGGGGAGGAACAAGCAGCAGCUGAGCAACCAGGGCCAGCCCGGGAUGGGACCCAGGGCUGGAGGCCCCAGGCCAGCAGGCCCCUCCACAGCCUAAACGCAGUUGAAUGUAUUGUAUGGGGACUUUGUAGAGCUGGCGGUGCUGCCGGCCCCAGGGAUGUACUGUCAGCUGUUCCCCAGGCAGGGCAGGCCUGGAGAAGACAAGUGGACAUGCUGUUAUUUCUAUUGCAUUAAAUCUCUCUCCUUUCUAUUCCAUUUGGUGCUCUGCAGAAGGUUCUGUCUGGCCAUCUGCCUAGCAAGCCUGGCUCAAGCCA